UCCUACUUCGGUUCAGGAUAUGUGUGGCUCUGCCGUGAUUUUAACAUCGGACACGGCUCUCACUUAAUGAUAGCGACUACCGCCAACCAGGACUCCCCUCUCUCUGAGGGACUUCACCCAAUUCUGGGCAUCGAUCUAUGGGAGCAUGCGUACUACCUGAAGCACCAGAAUGCUCGAGCUGCCUACAUCGACGAUUGGUGGCGUGUUGUUAGCUGGGAUGCUGUAGCUCAGCUGGACAAGUGGUGGUCAAAGAGGAACAUGCACGACGAACUGUGAACGCGCUCGGCACAAUUUGGUUAAUUUCCUAUCUAUGUCUAACCCCAUCUGUAUACUGCACACUGUCGUUGUGUGAUGUUUGCUGAAUUGCUAACAGUGUGCACGGCAGCCAUAUUGCCGUUAUUCAGCCAGCUUUCCAACCAUCAGUCCCUUGCUUUGAUUUGCUAUAGGCACUGCAUUCAGUUCUUGGCAGUGCAAAGCGAGUUUGUGUAUUUAAAUUUAUACCCACAGCUACGUUGCAGGACAUAUUAAGAGGAAAUCAACGUGUGUUUACUCGCUCUGCCGUGGUGCAGUAGCACCGGUA